AUGGCAUUAUUCUUCCUAGACAAUGUACCUCCCGAACUCCUCGAUGCUAUGACCAUCAGCGGCUGGGAGUCAAUGUUGAGAUCUUGUGAACGUGAUGCAUACCUACGUUCUUUGCCCUCUCCAUGGAGGAAUCCACAAAUUGCCCAGAUUAUAUUGGACAAAGUCAACCUGAAAACAAAUCUGGCAACCACUACUGCACUUGAGCGGGCCAAUUUGCUUGCUGUGGCAGCAGAGACUGGAAACAUGUCUCUUACUCAACUACUACUUGAUAGGGGGUGUAGGCCUAUCUUGUCUCAAAUGUUACACACACCUGUUUCUCGUGCAGUGAAUAAUGGGCAUGCCAAAAUUAUAGAGACUUUUCUCCGUUGCCCGGAUUAUCCGGUCUCUCAACUUGAUGUUGCUUCUGCGGCGGAAAAGGGAGAAACAACGACUGUGCUUACGCUUCUUAAAAAAGUGAAAAGAAAGGAUUUCAAGAGCUUUGCCCAAGUUGCGUUGAAUGCAGCUUCCUAUCCAGACAAAUUUGUACCCAUGAUGGAAGAUGUUUUUCUUGACGUCCUCACCAAAAAAGACACGAUGACUUUGGUUUCGAUGGCCAUAAGCUCCAAUGGUCCUCAAAUUUCGCGGUUAGGCCACUUGGAAGCUAUGAAAUUCUUACUCGAGAAAGGGGACAAGCAACCAUUUGACAAAAUACCCUAUUACUUCGAAAUUAUCAGACGACGUUCGAAAGGAUCUACUUCGUUCUUAGAGCACGCGGCGGCCGUUUGCCCAGUUACUCAAUUCCAAGCAGCACUUGCGCAAUGGAAUCUUGUGCUUGACCCAGAGAACGAUCUUUGCAAAGCUGCACUUGUUGCCGCUGCCCUUCUCAAGAAAGUAGAGAUACUUCAGCUAUUUAUUGACAAAGGCUUUGAUGUCAAUUCCUCAUACUUACACCGUGGGAAGUUCUCGCCGUUGCUGCAUCUAGUAGUGGAAACACUGGAAGACGAGAAUGGCGAGGUCAUUGGCGUGGAUGAUGAACACGCGCGAAUACGACAGCCUAAGCAGCCCAAAAGACAUCCAUGGUUGGACCACAUUCAUCCACACGCAUCAAUACAGUUGCUCAUCGAGCAUGGUGCUAAAAUCGAUCAAGUGGACUCGAAUGGCCGAACUGCUUUGUUCUUGACUACAGAAAGAAGGACGCUCUUCUUGACAAAGGAGCUGCUCAGGCUAGGAGCAAACCCCGUGCUCAGUGGGCCGGGAAAGCCUAGUCCUCUCGAGCUGGCCAUUUCCCAAGGGCAACCAAAAUAUGUCAAAGCCUUUUUAGAGGCCAUGGAGGCUCGUUCCAUCGUCUGUGACAACUUUGUUAGCCUCAUCCCUGACUCUCUGCCAGUAGAGACGCUGCCAAACAGAGCUUCUGGUGAACGAUUUUCUGUCCCUUCAGGAUAUCGAUUGUCACAACGUCGAAUGCUUGCUCGAGAUGGACAGAUGGGACCUACCAAAACCCUUCCGGCACCUUGUGCAGAGGCACCUAGGCAACCCACCCUAAGCUGGGAAGAUAUAAGCACAGAUGAGGAGAUCUGGCGGGAGGGACUUCGAAAUUCGGAAGAUAAUUUGAUAUCAAUUUGGUCUCCAACCGAGGACGAUGACUGCAUUAGCGAUUUACGCUGGGUGCGGUUUUUCAUCACAAAGGCGAUGACUCAAUAUCACUGGCGAACGAUGUACCCAGUGCCAGUUUAG